UCGCCCUUUGACCCUUAAUUUAAAAUGGCUGAAAGUAUGGAAGUUGAUGAAGAUGGCCCUAUAAGACAUUUGCUGACAAUUGAGUCGAUCAAGAUCAUGGGAGAGUCUGUGGGGAUAUCAAAUCUCAAUGAAGAUGCUGCAAAUUGGCUCAGUGAGGACCUGGAGUACCGUUUGAAAGAGAUUGUCCAAAAUUCAAACAAAUUCAUGUGCCACUCUAAACGCAGUCAGCUUACUUGCUCCGAUAUUGAUAAUUCCCUCAAGACAAAAAAUAUUGAGCCACUGUACGGAUUUGAUUCCUCCGAUUACGUUCCGUUUCGACAUACGAGUGGGGGUGGGAAGGAACUGUACUACACUGCCGAGAAAGAAAUCGAUCUUUUGAAUCUGCUCAACUCUCCCCUUCCCCGAGUUCCCUGUGACGUCACUCUUAAGGCACAUUGGUUGUCGGUAGACGGGGUUCAACCAGCUGUUCCCGAGAACCCUCCACUCUGCACAAUUGAGGCACAAUAUGAAGAAGCAUCCGCAAUGUCCAUACCUAAUAUGAAGAAAAACGAACCUGUGGCUCACUUGAAAGAUCUUAAGUUUUCGAAGAAGGAGCACAGCAAAGACGUGGUUGUUAGCAGUGAGUGGUCGAAAUUAAAACCCCUUCAAGCACAUUCUCUGUCUCUGGAGCAGCAACUAUACUACAAGGAGAUCACUGAAGCGUGUAUUGGUUUGUCCUCUGAGCAGAAAUCUCAAGAAGCGCUCGGAAGUCUCUCAACUGAUCCAGGUCUGUAUCAGCUGCUGCCUCAGUUUACAAGCUUCAUUAAUGAGGGCAUAAAAGUCAAUCUAACGAAACGCAAACUGAACUCUCUAAAACAAUUGCUGAAGAUGGUUAGCGCACUUCUCGAGAAUUCGACGUUAUCAAUGGAGAAGUAUUUGCACGAGUUGGUUCCUUCUGUUCUCACGUGUCUUGUUAACAAACAGUUGUGUUCAAGGCCUGAAGCUGAAGACCACUGGAGCCUGAGGGACUUAGCGGCCAAGAUUUUGUCAAGAAUGUGCAAAAAGUACAAUAAUUCAGUUAACAGUUUGCAGACUCGAUUGACCCGUAUGUUGGCUCAAGCUCUUCGUAACAAUACUCAAGGAUUGGCUGUACACUAUGGUGCGAUAAUGGGCCUUGUGGAGCUCGGUCCCGAAGUUGUCAGCUCUCUGGUUAUUCCAAGAUUGAAAGUCGAAGGUGAACUAAUUCGUGCAGCCCAAACAAAUACAGGAAAUGUUAUCGAACAAGUGGCCGGUAGUCGAUUACAGAACAUGAUACAGCGUCAAUGCUCUCCGAUUCUACUAACUUCAAGACCUGCGACAGACAAUCUACAAGAUUUUCAAGCGAAUUAUGGUCUUCUGGGACAAGUUUUGUUCAACCAAGUCAAGACCCUUCGCCAGAAUCGAGUUGGACUGCAGAGUCUCUCAAGCUCAUCAGGAGUUGCUCUUAAAUCUCCAAGGCCACCUGCACUGAAUAUUUCGUCUCCUCUGGUUACUGUUAAAGUCACUGGAACUGGCAAUGUGAAAAUGAAUUCUCCAAGUCCCAUUUCAACCUCAAUCUCGUCACCGAUAGCUGCCGCUUUGCGGCUGGUCUCACAGAGUGCUCAAUCCACUGGUGGUUCGAUUAUGGGAUCAUCUUCUACUCCUGUUACUUCUGUGCCUACUAUCUCUGCUACUAUACUCUCUGCUAUGAUGUCUAAUCCGAAUGCCCAAGCGAUGCUCUCAGCCCUUGCCUCCAAGGCACAGUCUCCCUCUAUACCCAAAGUUGAAUCCACUAUAUCACCACCUAAAACUCCAACUACCACUAGCACUUAAUAAUUGUUGAAUGUUAUGCAUUACUGUUAUUCAAUUGUUGUGUACAAUCA